CUGAUUGGGAGGGGGCUGAAGAAGAAGAGAGAGCGAUCACAAAAAGAAAGAGAAUAAAAAGAAGAAGAGCAGCCUGGAUCCAAGGAGAGAUGUUUGUUGUUGAUGUUUUCAUAAUAUUGUUGUUGAUGUUUUCAUAAUAUUGUUGUUGAUGCGUUCAUAACGUUAUCGUUGAGGUGUGUGUAUCUAUGUAUGUGUACAUAUGUAUAUGUAUGUAUGUGUUCAUAUCUAUGUAUAUGUACACAGAGCGCAGGAGAACAGUACUAGUGAUGAUGAUGAGGAUGAAGAGCGGUUCAGCAGCUCAUCAUGUCUGGUUCUCCCUCAGAUGCCUGUGACCUCACACUGGACCCCAACACGGCCCACAGACGACUCUCUCUGUCUGAGGACAACAGGAAGGUGACGUGGGUUGGAGAGGACCAGUCGUAUCCGGAUCACCCAGACAGAUUUGACUCCCAGUACCAGGUGUUGGGUAGAGAGGCUCUGACUGGCCGCUGUUACUGGGAGGUAGAGUGGGAAGGAGUGGUUGAGAUAGGAGUGACAUACAGAGGAAUCACAAGGAGAGGAUGGGGUGGUGACAGCAGGCUUGGAUGGAACAACACUUCCUGGAGUCUUUAUUGUUCUGAUGGUCGUUACUCUGCCUGGUACAACGGUACAGAGACAGCCCUCCCUCUCCGCCCCGCUGGCUCCACCAGAGUAGGAGUGUAUCUGGACCGGCCUGCUGGCUCUCUGUCCUUCUACAGAGUGUCCCCAGGUGGAGGAGGGUCCUCAGACACACUGACACGCCUCCAAACCUUCUGGUCCUCCUUCACCCAGGAGGACCUCCUCCCGGGGAUGGGGCUAUGGAGGGUGGGCUGGCAGUCCUCAGCGUCUCUGUGUAAGUUAUAGUCUCUCUCUCUCUCUCUCUCUCUCUCUCUCUCUCUCUCUCUCUCUCUCUCUCUCUCUCUCUCUCUCUCUCUC